AUGGUUUGUGUCAAAUUUGUUGUCGUCGCAGCUUUAUCCAGCCUUGCGCUCGCUGCUCCUCAAGACCAAAGCAACAAGUACGGAGACUGGAGGAGUAAAAUCAAGAAUGUGGUCGUUUUGGUGGAAGAAAACCGAUCCUUUGAUACCUUUGCUGGUGGUCUAACUUAUGAUCCUUCCAUCGAUGGUUUGCUGCACCACAACUACUGCAACUCCAUGAAUGCUUCUGACCCCUCGCAACACGAUGAUGUCUGCGCUGGACCCCGUGCCAAUGAUGUUGCACCGGAUGACCCGAAUCACAGCAUCAGUGGUGUAAACAUGCAGCUCUUUAGCACCUGGCAUCCAGAUGAGGUACAAGUCGAUAAGUUCCACGAGGCAGAGAAUAUGCGUGGCUUCGUCACCGAACAAUCAGUCACCUACAAGACAUUAAACAAGACACGUGCUGCGGAGGCAAUCAACUACUAUACCCCUGAUCAGAUUCCCUUUUUCAACACCAUAGCAGAGAAUUUCGUUCUCUUUGAUCGCUGGUUUGCUUCUGUCCCAGGACCAACAAACCCCAACCGAGCGUAUCUCACUUCGGGUACUUCAGCUGGUCACGGCAAAAAUGACGCGGCCUUCGACGUUUACGGUCUACCCCAAAGGUCUGUUUUCCAGCAAUUGUCCGAGAACAACAUCACCUGGAUGAACUACCAGAACUCCACCACCGGUCCAGGACUCGGCUUCAACCCAGACGCUGCUUUUUACAGCUGGACUGAGACAUCCGGCGCAAAGGACACUAACAUUGCUCCCCUGGACAAGUUCUAUGCUGAUGCCAAGGCUGGCACACUACCUCAGUUUACUUACAUUAAUCCGGAAUGCUGCUCCUACCAAUCAUUUCACCCUCCCUCCCCAAUCACUCUCGGCGAGCAAUUUAUCAAGGGUAUCUAUGAAGCUGUCCGGAACUCCCCACAAUGGGAAGAAACCCUCUUCAUCCUAACCUUCGACGAGCACGGGGGUUUUGGCGAUCACGUCCCACCACCUGUCAAUGUCCCCGCUGGUGACAACCUUACCUACACUGAACUCGCGCCUGAUGGAAGAAACAACACCUUCGACUUCAAACGCCUCGGGCUCCGCGUUCCAACUCUGCUAAUUAGUCCGUGGGUUGGCAAGGGCAUUAUUGAGAAAAAGGGUCUCAACAAUGGAGGGGAAUAUACGCAUACGAGUAUCUUAAAGUUCAUCAAUGAACUUUGGGCCUUGGAUGAUUUAACAGAACGGGUUACGUAUUCGAGUACGUUUGAGCAUCUAAUUACAGAUAUCAAACGAGAUGAUACCCCUGCUAUACUUUAG